UUUAAUUUGCUCAGAGCAGAAAGCGGUAGUGGACGUCUCCCAGAAAACGCGAUAAGUGAAUAUAAAACUCGAACUUGCGUUGCUGUUCGUCCUGUUAAGGGAAUAAAACAAAAACCUUUUUAAAAAUGGCUCUGGUUCCGGCUACCAACAACACAGAUUGGGACUACUGGGAUUACCGCCGGAGGCUGUGGCGCGAUUGGGACUUGAACGACUGGGACUUGCCCUACUGGAAGCGGUCACUGUCUCGCGUUGGAUCCGCGCCCGAUCUCAGUCGGGUUAUUGUCGGAAAGGACGGCUUCGAGGCCAAUGUGGAUGUUCACCUGUUCAAGCCGUACGAGAUUAGUGUUAAGACCUCGGGGGAUACGGUCAUUGUGGAGGCCAAACACGAGAAGCGACGGGACGGUGAUACCUUCGUCGGUCGCCACAUCGUCAAGCGGUUCGUCCUGCCCCGAGGAUAUUAUCCCAAUGACGUGCGAUCGGAACUGUCAUCCGAUGGCAUACUCACCGUCAAGUGCCCGCCGUAUUUGACCAACGAGCGGAGUGUGUACGUCCGCCAAGUGGGUCCUGCGUAUCUAAGCAUCAAGAACUAACCAAGUCUACAGCAUCGCCAUUCCGUGUUUUGUUCUUAGUUCUUUUCUGUUGGAGCAAAAGUUGACCGACAAAAUUAUGCACAUAAUUCUAAGACUAGAAUUGGACUCUUUAUGUAAUUAACAAGCCAAAAGUUGUUUAGUUAAAUAAAAUAAAAGUUUAAUUUAUUAAUAAUGAA